AUGGCUGCGAUAUCGUCAUCCCGAGCACAGCCCACUGCGGCCGCGACGACCUCUCUCCAUAUGGCAACAACUACGGUAAAGGUAGACGGCAUGACCUGCGGCGCUUGCACAUCUGCCGUCGAAAGCGCAUUCAAAGAUGUCGAGGGCGCUGGCGAGGUAUCGGUCAGCUUAGUUAUGGGUCGCGCUGUUGUUCACCACGACCCGACUACGUUAUCGCCUAAUAAAGUUGCCGAAUUGAUCGAAGAUAGAGGAUUCGACGCCGAGGUAUUAUCUACGGAUAUGCCACAAUCUUCCGAUAAGAGCGAUAAAGCUGGUACACAUUCUUCUGUGUCGACGAUUGCUAUUGAAGGAAUGACUUGCGGUGCCUGCACCUCUGCGGUCGAAGGGGGACUCAAGGAUGUCGCUGGUAUAUAUUCAAUCAAUGUAUCGUUAUUAUCGGAACGCGCCGUUGUCGAGCACGAUUCUACAGUUGUGACUGCAAGUCAGAUUGCCGACAUUAUCGAGGACCGAGGAUUCGGCGCAUCUGUUCUGGACACAAAAUCGGCCGAGCCUAUCGACAGUUCACCGUCGGAUAACUCGAACAAGCUGAUGUCUACGACUGUCGCUAUAGAAGGCAUGACAUGCGGGGCCUGUACAUCGAGUGUCACGAAUGCAUUUAACGAUGUGGAGGGCUUGAUUCAAUUCGACAUUAGUUUGCUUGCUGAGCGCGCGAUUAUAGUGCACGAUUCUGCAGUUUUAUCGCCAGAGAAGAUUGCUUCUAUGAUUGAAGACGUGGGAUUUGACGCUCGUGUACUGUCUUCUAUACCCCAUCUAGGUGUGUCUCAAAAGUCAUCCAAGACAAUACGACUUACGCUUUACGGGUUGAACGGCGCUGCCUCCGCAUCGUCGCUAGAAGAAGUUCUCAGCCAGAAGCCUGGAAUAUCCUCAGUCUCCAUUGACCUCUCGACAUCUCGUGCUACUAUUGUACACAAUCCCACGGCAAUUGGUAUUCGGUCUGUGGUGGAAGCCAUUGAAGAGGCUGGGUAUAACGCGUUGUUGUCCGAUUUUGAAGAUAACAAUGCCCAGCUGGAAUCGCUUGCAAAGACCAAGGAAAUACAAGAAUGGAAGCGAGCAUUCCUGUUUUCUCUCUCCUUUGCAGUGCCGGUGUUCCUCAUCACGAUGAUCUUUCCCAUGUAUCUGAAAUUCCUCGAUUUCGGCAAAUUUCGCAUCCUACCAGGCCUAUAUCUAGGCGACGUCGUUGCUUUGGGCCUGACAGUGCCUGUCCAAUUCGGUAUCGGUAUGCGAUACUACAAGAGCAGUUUCAAAUCGCUAAAACAUCGUUCUCCUACCAUGGACGUCCUUAUCAUGCUAGGUACUUCUGCUGCUUUCUUCUUCAGCGUUUUUACGAUGCUCCUCGCGAUUUUGAGUAGCCAACACAACCGACCAAGCACAGUUUUUGACACAAGUACUAUGUUGAUCACUUUCAAUACACUUGGUAGAUGGUUAGAAAACCGAGCAAAGGGUCAAACUUCCAAGGCUCUAUCUCGACUGAUGUCGCUUGCCCCUUCUAUGACAACCAUUUACGAAGACCCCAUAGCAGCGGAGAAGGCAGCCGAGGAGUGGAACGAAAAAGACACUAGCACCGGUGGUACUUCGCAAGCUGGACAGACUGGUCUAAAAGCUGUGCCGACCGAGCUCCUUCAAGUCGGAGAUGUCGUACUUUUACGACCAGGCGAUAAAGUCUCUGCCGAUGGAGUUGUCAUUCAAGGUACAAGCCAUGUUGACGAGAGUAUGAUUACGGGCGAGGCUCGUCCUAUUAACAAAAAGAAAGGCGAUUCCGUCAUUGCUGGUACUGUCAACGGGGCUGGUUCCCUCGAAUUCAAAGUGACUCGUGCUGGUAGCGAGACGCAAUUGAGUCAAAUUGUGAAGUUGGUGCAAAACGCUCAGACAAAUCGUGCCCCAAUCCAGCGCAUGGCAGAUAUUGUUGCAGGAUAUUUCGUUCCAAUUAUCAUCCUUCUCGGUCUGACCACGUUUGUGGGGUGGAUGAUCCUGAGUCAUGUAUUGCCCCAUCCGCCGAAAAUAUUCAACAAACCUGAGAAUGGUGGUAAGAUCAUGGUUUGCUUGAAGAUCUGCAUCUCGGUCAUUGUUUUCGCCUGCCCUUGCGCCUUGGGUUUGAGCACCCCAACUGCCGUUAUGGUUGGAACUGGAGUUGGCGCAGAAAAUGGUAUCCUGUUCAAAGGAGGCGCUGCUCUGGAAGCCGCCACGAAAGUCAACCACAUUGUUUUUGACAAGACUGGAACAUUGACCGAAGGUAAAAUGAGCGUCGCCGAAACUAAGCUGGAACCGACUUGGACAUCCAAUGACUGGCGCCGCAAGCUCUGGUGGCAGAUCGUCGGUCUCGCCGAAACCAACAGCGAGCACCCAGUGGCAAGAGCUAUCGUUUCUGCUGCAAAACAAGAGAUUGGUUUGAUGAGUGACGAUGCUUUGGAUGGAACUAUUGGGACUUUUGAGGUAAACGUUGGCAAGGGUAUAUCAGCUGUAGUCGAGCCCACCUCAAGUGUUGAGCGGACUCGGUAUCGUGUUCUAAUGGGAAACGCCAUAUACCUCCGCUCUAGUGGUGUAAAUGUUCCAGAGUCUGUUGAAACUACUCUCGAUGGCAACGUUUCUACUGGGCCGAAGAUGGACGAUUUCUCCGGAUUCACACAAAUUCAUAUUGCAAUCGAUGGUCACUAUACAGGUACUAUUUCACUACGAGACGCACUCAAAUCGAGUGCUGUCGCCGCUGUUGCAGCUCUACACAAGAUGGGCUACCACGUCUCAAUUGUUACCGGCGAUACCUACCCUGCUGCACUGGCAGUCGCUCAAGCUCUCGGCAUUCCCAAAGCCUCUGUCAAGGCCGGCGUUGUUCCCAGCGGGAAAAAGGAGAUUAUCGAGUCCUACCAAGCUGCAGGCGACAAAGUGGCCAUGGUUGGCGAUGGAAUCAACGACUCACCUGCCCUUGCAACUGCAAUGGUCGGUAUAGCCCUCGCUUCUGGAACUGAUGUCGCCAUGGAAGCUGCCGACGUUGUCCUCAUGCGAUCCGAUGACCUCCUCGCCGUUCCAGCGAGCUUAUCUCUCGCCCGCACCAUUUUCAACCGCAUCAAGCUGAACCUGAUGUGGGCCUGCGUCUACAAUAUUAUCGGCCUUCCAUUCGCCAUGGGAAUCUUCCUGCCCUUUGGCGGCGCCCCCUUGCCACCCAUGGCCGCCGGUGCUGCGAUGGCGACAUCCAGCGUGUCCGUCGUGGGAAGUAGUCUCCUGCUCAAAUUCUGGAAACGACCCGGGUGGAUGAAGAUUGAUUCACUCGAAGCAGACGCCAACGCUGGGUUCACUAAGUCCCCCACUUCAAAGGAAUCUCGAUGGAAAUCAAUCCCAUUCAUUGGCACGGGUGACAACAGACCCGGAACCGGCUCUCGUCUACGCACCAUAUUUACGAAACUUGUAUUCGGUAAACAGUCCAAACAGGUCAGAGAGGAGGAGGGAUACGUACCUCUGCAAACAGUUGAAGUUUAG